AUGAAGAUUCUGGCUGUUUCCGCACUCGUUUGCGCCUUGAUGGCUCUCACCAGAGCUGCUGCUGUUCCAGACGCAGAGGUGAAGGACCAAAUAGUUAAGAGUCACCUGGUCAAAAGGUCCGAAUCUUGUCCUGCUGGUUGGACUGAGUACAACGGUCACUGUUUCCAUUACGUUCCACGAGACAUGAAUUGGGCGAAAGCUGAGAAAAGCUGCCAGUCCAUGAAUGCGAACCUAGCAUCCGUACAUAACAUGCAAGACUACCAUGAGAUUCAGAAGCUGAUAAUGAGCGCCAGUUAUGAGUUCAAGCCAUCUUGGAUUGGAGGUUCUGAUGCACAAAUGGAGGGUGUUUGGCUGUGGAGCGACGGCUCACGUUUCACUUAUCAGAACUGGUGCUCUGGACAGCCUGACAAUCUUUGGGGGCAGCAUUGUUUGCUGAUGAACACUGGAGAAAACAAGUGCUGGGAUGAUUCGAGGUGUAACAGUCCACAUCCGUUCGUCUGUGCCAAGAAAAUCACUGACAUUGAGAUAUGACGCAACUGUCAAAAUCCCUGGAUGGUGGAUGUGUGUGUUUAUAUGUGCAAACGUAUCUGUCUUUGUUUCAUCAGUCUCAUAUAACCUCAAGUCAGUAUAUCUUAUUUGACAUAAUUUCUUUGCUAUUGCUGUAAUGCUACUCAAAGGAACGAAGCGACAAGUGACAUAAAGAGAAGUUUGAUUUGUCUCUAAGGUCUUGCGCCUAAAGAGCAGACUGAUUGUGUUUUGAAAAGAAUGCUUAUAGCACCUUAAACUGAAUGAACUCGUCUUUCUUGUCUAAUUUAAUAGUAAAAGGCUGAAGCAUU